AUGGCUACUGUGACAACGACUCAUGCUGAGCCUGCAGACGAUGGAGAGUAUGUGUACUUCCACUCGGGGUCCCAGGCGACCUAUCGCAAAGUCAGCAAAGCGGCCAAGGGAGAGUUCACUACAAUUCCGGAGAUAGACAUCUCGAACAUCGACAGCCCUUUGCUAGACGAGAGGAAGGAGAUCGCGAGAAAAAUUUAUGAUGCUUGCAGCGUGUCCGGCUUCUUCUACCUGACCAACCAUGGCAUCCCCAAAGAAGUGCUGGACCAGACGUUCGAAACAAUGAGCAAGUUCUUUGCACUUGACCAUGAGACGAAAAUGGAUGCGCACGUGCAAAAGAACCCGGCCAUCAGAGGCUAUGAGCCGCCUUUGGAAACUCGGAACGAUCCAAGGACGAAAGGAGACUCUAAAGAGGCUUUUACCAUGGGGGACUGCGUGAUUGAGCCGGAGCAGGAUUAUAGGGGAAGAGUGGGCGCUGACCCUCCGUCGUACAUCAAGAAGCCUCAGAACAUCUGGCCAAAGGACGCUCCAUUCCUAAGGGAAGGGCUGUACAACUACUACAGCCAUGUUUUCCCGCUAGCAAUGAAGUUGGUCCGCAUCUUCGCACUUGCGUUCGGCCUGGGAGAAACGGCGCUUGAUGACAUGUUCAAGUUUCCGAUUACCGGAAUGCGAGCCUUGCACUACCCUCCAAUGCCACUGGAAGAGAGCGGAACCAUCGGCCUCGGAGCCCAUACAGAUUUCUCCUGGCUCACCAUGGUCCUGCAGGACUCGGUUCCGGCUCUUGAGAUCCUGAACAAAGACGGCCAAUGGGUACAAGCGCCCCCAAAGCCAAAUUCGUUCGUUUGCAACGUCGGCCAAUAUCUGGAGCGGCAGACCAACGGCAGAUUCGUGGCAACGGUUCACCGAGUCCGCAACCAGACGGGGGAGAGACGCUACUCGCUGCCAUUCUUCCUUACGCCAGACCCCGAUGCCAACAUCCACGUGCUGGACGGCUUUGUCGCAGCUGGGGAAGAACCGCAAUACGAGCCUUUCAAUGUCGGCGACUUGUACAUCCGCAGAGUUCUGCCUGCGCGACACAAGCACCCGACCAGCGUGAAGUACAAGGAUGUGCCAGAGUCUCAGUGGAAGUAUGAGUUGUUGUACGGCUGA